AUGAACAUACAGAAUACCUUUCAUAUACCUGUGCGCUGAAUUUAAUAGCUCGGUUUGUGCGUACCGUGAGCCUCUGUGUCUCUUUGGACUCCUAUCCCUGCGGCGCGUACCACUUUCGUGAACAAGAGAAUGAUACGCGUACGAUAACGAAUGCCGAUCUUGUCCCUUUUUUAGAAGGGCCAACAAACUGAACAGUUAACCGGAAGAUCCUUCCUUUCUCACGAUGAAACUAAAUCACAAGACGACGGUGAGGGAAAAAAUGGGGUGAAAAAGGAAACUAAACAAACUUAAGACCAAUCAAUUACCUACAAUAACGCCCGGAUCAGCGUGAGCGAGCGGACGGCAGUUAUACGCAGUCUCUAGGCCGUUUUCGCAUCUUCUAUCGUUCAAUCGUUUUAAAGCAAACUUGUUACUGCGCUCGGUGGUUAAUGUUUCGAUUCCAAAAACCCGUUUUGCUCUUAUACGCUCUCCACUAAGCUAUUCCCUCUUACCUACCAAUAAAAAAAAAGAAGCAAAAUGCGAAACAACACUCACACUCACGCACACUUUAAACUAAAAACUCCAAUCUCUAUUUAAAAGGAAAAGAAGAAUAAAAAACAAUCCAAUCUACUCCUAACACCUUUCUCCGAUUUAGAUGUUGACCUCUCCCCCUCUCUGUGUAUGUGUGUGAGUGUAUGUGAGAGUGGUGGGAAGACGAGUGGAAGCCACCGUGACGAGAGUAUAUAGCGCACUAAGCACAUACUAGCAGCAUAGCAUAAAUCCCUGAUACACACGUUGUGACGGAAAACUACCCCUUGAAACUGGUACUGGUUGACUGUUGAAGGGGCAUAGAUAGAUAAGGGUAAGCGCAGAAGAUACAUCGACCAUAUUGAGAACCAACAGCAACAGCAGCAACAUCAGUAGAGCACGUUCAGAUAAGUAGAAUCAAUUUUAUACUCAACGUUUUGCCAUUGAUUGCAGAGGUAGUGGAUUCGUUCUAGUCUAGAGAUUAUCAUCAGUUUCCAGUACUUUCUUCGUUCGUCGUAAUGCAUUUCGUACCGUGCCGAGAAAAAAGGACAUGAAACGCACACGCAAUGUGCUCGGGACGUGUAACUUCUGACCAAGUAAGAAAGGAUAUGAUAACACAAAAACGGGGCUGGUAGACUUGUGAGAUAGAGAGUGCACCUUCUGCUGCGUGGUGCCCACGCUUCAUAUAUAAAUAUGCGAUUAGGCAAAGAUAACUAAAAGUAAAGCAAACACAGUUGAUAACUAAAUGAAACAAAGAAGCGAUUGGGUGGCUGGGGAGGAAAGAAUGGGAAUGUCGGGACGAAUGCGAUGGAUGAACUAACGAGAUGCGAUUCAAAAUUUAGCAAACAAAUAAAGACACUCUCUUAGUCGGUAAUAGUACUAGAGGGAAUAAUGAGAGACAGGAGCAGAAGGAGGAGGAGCUGAAUGAUUAACAAAAUACUAAAAAACGAAAAACUCUUAAAAAACCCAAACUCACACUCUAGCAACUAGAAUCGACCCUAGUUUUACUCCACUACAAUGUAACGUUGAUACGCAUUAAAAAAAAAAGAAAGGCAGAUAAAGAAAGUGAAUAAAAGAGUAAAACAUUUGUGCAAAACUCCAAACACGCAACGUCAAGAAAUGUG